AUGGAGAUUCUCCAUACCAUUGCCGGCAUCCCCUCCUUCUCCGAAUUCGAGACCAAAGAGUCCGGCUUGCUCUGCCUUGAAGAUACGAUCAGCCUGUUGGAAAAGAUGAGCCUUUGUCCAAAGUGCUCCGAACAUGAACAUUCUCCCGACUUUCUCAGCAUCCUCUGCAACAAGGUUCUAGCCCAGUGUCAAUUGUUUCGCGGGUUCUUGAACGAGAUGUUAGAACAGAAAGAUCAGGAGGACCACCAGUCCCUUUUACAGCGGGACUACACAGUCGCCACAAGUCAGGAACGAAUGAGUCUUCUCUGCUCACUUACCUACCUCCAAAUGAAGAAGCUCCACGGUUGCGUGGCCCGACUAAAUGAAAAACUUGAAGAGCAAUCUACGUUCGACGAAGACUCCUGGUUAAACCUAAGGGGACAAUGUUUCCAGCUGGCGAUGGAUUCGGCCACCCUCUGCUCGCGGGCGACUUAUUUUAGGAAUUCUGUGUUUUGGUGA